AUGGGCUCAUUACUCGAGUCCGGGGGCAACGUACCACAAGCGCUCCGUGCCAUAGAUGGAGAUGCCAACGGGUUACAAGGAAAUGAGUUCCAGUAUUUUAUAUCAGCAACCUGGGCACCGUGCUACGCGCUUUUAAUGUCCGCGCCCCCUAUCACCUGGGAAUUUGAGGGGCCUUUUCCAGGAGAUAACCGACUUGUUGCCACCGGGUUCAUCGGAAAGUAUGGAUUUAACUCAAUGGUUCCAGAACAUAGAUGCUUUGCUAAAUGGGAAGAUCAUGGGGUAACUAAGACUAUCAGGGACCAUGGCUUUCGUGUCGACACCGCUGAUCCAAUGUUCUCGACUCCGUAUGACUGGACGUUUCAAAACUAUAAACGCGAUCCUGGGAGUCUGGAUCCAGCCGACAUACCUGUUGAUGUUAAUAGUGCUGCCCAUCUCCGCAGGCGUGCGAAGCAAUUAACAGCUACCUGUGCGGAAGCAGAUUCACCAGAAAGCAUUAUGGCCAAAUGGUGGUACGAUAAUUACGGCUCUGGCUCAUCUGUUUCUGGUUCCCCUCCUGCUCCAACGGACCCAGCAGAGGGGCUUGAUGAUGCCAGCACCGACAGCUCUGUGGUACGCUCAACCCCGUCUCGAAAAGGGCACUCGAUCUCCUUGCCAGCAGCGACCGACCCGCCUCCUCAGGGGCAGGUUGGAAAUAGGCACUCUCAAGGCCACUCGCGCAGACAUCACAAGCAUCGCAAAGGGGACUUCUGAUUUAAAGCAACUAAGGGCGAGAGUCGGGAUAGUUAUCUAACCUAGACGGGUACCAGCUGAAAGUGAAACUACGUAGUAAAUGGUUUCUCUACAUUGUCGAUAAAGUCUUCCAUUGGAUCAAAUCAAUCAUCGACCUCGAUGUGACUUUUAAUUACCAAAGAUAAAUGUAUAGUGAUCGUCAACAGUUGCUACCACCAAAAUAGACCCUAACUGACCAAAUACAAUUCCUUGAUAUCUCCCUGCCUGUAUUUGGGUAGCUUGCAGCGUUAAUAACUUAAUGAUUGUAGCCCUUCCUCAGUGACUCUCCUCGAGAAGUAAUUCGAGGAAUUGCACGGAAUGUAACACUAUAGUAGGGUUAUUAUAACUAGUAAGGGAAGUUCUGUUAUAUUAUUACACAGUUAACUCGUCACCACUAGUGGGGUCGGGAGUGCGGAGUAAAUAUCGCGGACUAAAUCGCGGAGUAGUGAAAAUUAUAACCACGUAUUCAACCUCCUUUUCAAGUUGUUAAUUACAACUUCUCUCUGAUAACGAACCAUAUUGAUAUAUAAGCUAUCGACAUACCCCUAUGCUACUCCGUAUUUAGUAGCUCUUUUGGAAUGGAGAAGCUCUUCUAGUUAGUGCUAAGGCUGCUUUAAAUCGAACUUUGAUAACUCACUACCGAGAGCAACCAACAGUAACGCGGGUGAUCAGCCAAAAGACGCACGCCAUGGCACCCGUACAUGUAUAGCGGGCGAAUAUCUAUACGCAGUACGGGGUAUGCAGCCAAUACUCACCCUUCUCUUCUGGCUGUAUGCUGAUCUCGGAAAAAGCACAUAUAUCAGCACUGAUCUGCUAUUAAUAGGGCCUCCGCUUUGUCCUGUGCAGUUGAUCUUACCCGCUCAACCAACAUUUAGUUAUCUUCGCCAGAUGCAUAGUGCUCAGGUGUCAUACAUCAACAAAGGGUAGAUCGUCCUGCUGUGUGUCGCAGAGUCUGUUUAAGAAAGCGUUUGGGCCGCCGUGGUGGAGGGCUGGGCUGUUCGUUGUACUUGCUGCCUUCUUCGCUGUCGGUUCUACUACUGUGACUUCCUCCUGACGCGCAGCCGAGAUCUUCAAUGCUGUGUUCGAGAUAUUGAGAAAAUUCAACGGCCGACCACAGCUAUCACAGAAAGAGAAAAGAGGAAUCCCUGUGGUGCAUUUGAUUUGACAUCCGUUCUGUGGUUGAUAGUAUUUUUAAUCAACAUAACUACGCCGUACUCGCCGUUGAAAAGGGCCGUUGUGUGACAGCAGCGCCUAGAACUCGCAAG